AUGGCAUCUUAGAACUCAAACAAGAUCAAAGAUUGUGGGCCUUUUAAAUUCUCAUGGCAGGCAUAGGCAGAUUCCCGUUUGCUAGCACCAUUAUUAUCAUCGCCCAUCUCCUUUUGUCCCACCUCUUCGUCCCUGCAACAUCGGCUGGUAGCUCCUUCGUCUUUAAUGGCUUCCGCGGUUCCAACCUAACCUUAACGGGGUCUGCUAUAGUCACAGGCCUUGGUGCUCUGCGUCUCACUAACAACUCUAACCUCUUGUCUAGUGGCUACACCGGCCAUGCUUUCUACCCUAUGCCUCUGCGUUUCAAGGAACCGUCACCUGUUAACAGAACUUUCUCCUUCAGCAGUCGGUUCGUCUUUGCUAUUGUUUCGGAGCAGCAGAAUUUUGGCGGCUGCGGCUUUGCGUUCACUAUUGCGCCCUCCUCCGACCUGCCCACGGCUGUGGCUGGCAACUUCAUGGGCCUCCUCAACAAAUCCACCGAUGGCAAACCCUCCAAUCACAUAUUUGCAGUCGAAUUCGACACUGUGGAGGGAGCAUCGGUGAAGGAUCCCGACGACAACCACGUCGGCGUCGACAUCAACAGUGUGACCUCCAACUUCACUGAGCCUGCGGCUUACUACACGGAUGAGUCGACGAAUCAAACGAUUAAUCUGCAAAGUGGUGAAAGCUUGCAGGCAUGGAUCGACUACGAUGGUGUCUCAGGGUUCAUCAACAUUACCAUAGCUCCUUUGUCCCAUCCUCUAAGGCCUCACCGCCCCCUGAUAUCACGCUCUCUAAAUUUAUCUCCUCUUCUGCAAGAAUUCAUGUACGUAGGAUUCUCUUCCAGCACCAAGAAGGUAUUCAGUGAACACUAUAUCCUAGGGUGGAGCUUUGCAAUCAAUGGAGAUGCUCCACCUCUGGACUUGUCAAAACUUCCCCGGUAUCCAAAGAUUAAACAGACUUCGAAAACCUCUAGACUCCUGCCAUAUACUUCAACCUUAGGACUCUUCCUUGUCACCGCCAUAGCCAUUGCUUCCUUUCUACUGUACAGAAGGUGGAGGCUUUAUUCAGAGACAGUUGAAGAAUGGGAACUGAAUUACCCUCACAGAUUCCCCUACAAGGAACUUUAUAGAGCAACCAAAGGUUUUAGGGAAAAGGAACUUUUGGGCAGGGGAGGUUUUGGCAGUGUUUACAAAGGAGUGCUGCCCAGCUGCGGCUUGGAGGUUGCCGUCAAGAAGGUGACAAAUGGUGCCACACAGGGGAUGAGAGAGUUUGUAGCCGAGAUAUCAAGCUUGGGGAGGUUGAGGCAUAGGAACUUAGUCCAGCUCCAGGGUUGGUGCAGGCGUGGAGAGGACCUUCUUCUGGUGUAUGAUUUCAUGGUUAAUGGAAGCCUAGAUACCUUUCUUUUCGACCAGCAAAAAGGACUCCUCGCCUGGGAGGUAAGGUUCAAGAUUCUCAAGGGAAUUGCUUCAGGCCUGCUGUAUCUGCAUGAAGGGUGGGAGCAGGUGGUUGUGCACAGGGACAUAAAGGCAAGCAAUGUAUUAUUGGACGCUGAAAUGAAUGGCAAGCUCAGUGAUUUUGGCCUUGCAAAGUUCUAUGAUCAUGGAAGCAACCCCCAAACGACUCGUGUUGUAGGCACACUGGGUUACAUGGCACCUGAACUCUCGCAGACCGGCAAGGCCACGACGAGUGCCGAUGUCUUCUCCUUUGGCGCAUUGCUUCUUGAGGUGGCGUGUGGUAGGCAGCCCAUGGACUAUAAGAAAUCUGAGGAAGAAGUCAUGGUGGCAGACUGGGUGCUCAUGUGCUGGAGGAGUGGAAGGAUACUUAAUGCAGUGGAUAAGCGGCUUGGUAUGAAUUAUGUAAGGGAAGAGGCAGAAUUGGUGCUCAAGCUUGGCAUCCUCUGUUCCCAGACUGCACCUCAAGCUAGGCCUAACAUGGUGCAGGUGGUUCAGUUUCUCAAUGGGGAUGCAUCUAUGGAGAACUUUGCAGUUGAAAGUGUAGUCAUGAAGUCUGAUUGUGGGGGCUUUGAACAGCUAGCCCUUGCUUACCCUUCUUCUGAUAGGUUGUCGAGCUCGUCUUGAUCGAACUAACAUCAUUUCCUUUGGUGCCCAGGCUUGGUAUCCUCUGCUCUCAGACUCCAUCUGAGGCUAGGCCUAGCCCUCCUUUUGCCCUUCUUCUGAUAAGUCGUCGUUGAGCUCUCUUGAUAGAACUGACAUCAUUUCCUCAUUGUUCGAACCAACAAGUAAAGAAAAUUGAGCAGUAUGAGUGCUCUUUUUCUUAUGAAUAACACGAAACAGUCUUAAUAGUUUCCCAGUUGAAUAUGUAUAAUUCCAACUUAUUCAUGAAGCAAGCUGAGUUUGUUCA